AGGGUUAUAAAUAUAAGUCCAAGUUUAAUUAACGUGUUUUGUUUUUAUCUGUUACAAGAAUUGUUUUGUUUUUUCUUCAAACCAUUCAGUAUUUAACCAAGAUGUCACAGAAUCCCAGAAGAAGAAGAUAUCAUGAUCCAGCCAUUGAUCAGCUAAUCAAAGCCAUAGACCUGGCAGAGUCGACCAACUCAGCUCCAGAAGUCAUAAAAGGUCUUAAGUAUGCCCUUGAGUUAGUUCAACUGAGAGAUGAUUUUACCAAAUCAUCAACUUCAGCUGAAAGUGAAGCCUGCAAGAAUAUCUUGGAAGAGACUCUCAAGCAUGACUGGGCAGCAGUGCAUGCAGAGGGAAAGACAACUUGGAGACUUUCUCCAGGAAUGAUGUCUGGAUCAGUGGAAGGUCAGUUUCUCAAAUCAUUUGUUAGUGCUCAGAAGGCUAAAAGAAUCCUUGAUGUCGGAAUGUUUACCGGAUACAGUGCCCUUUCAAUGGCAGAAGCUUUGCCUGCUGAUGGAGAAGUUGUAACAAUCGACCAAGAUGACUAUUUAAAAACUUUGGUUGAAAACAGUUUCCUGAAGAAAUCUCCACACGGUUACAAGAUCAAAAUUAUUAUUGGGAAAGCACCAGAAGUAAUUCAACAGUUGUCUGACAAGGGAGAGAAGUUUGACAUCAUCUUUCUGGAUGCUGACAAGUCUGAGUAUAUUUUGUAUUUGAAGUAUGUCUUUGAAAAAAAUCUUCUUGCUCCUGGUGGAUCAGUUCUGGUUGACAAUGCUUACAGACAUGGAGAUGGCUAUAGACCAGAUGUUGGGGAGACACCUACUAAAAUAUUUGCUCAGGCUGUUAGUUCUGAUCCUUCUUUGCAUUCUGUUCUUUUACCUAUCCGUGAUGGAAUUCUUUUAAUCAGAAGGAAAUCUGAUGUUGAAGGGACUGUGCUUUAAUAUUGAAAAUAAUUAAUAACACUUCCAAAUAUAUGUUAUCUUUACUAUGAACUAAUGUAGUAUUUAUAUUUAUUACUAGCUAUGUUUUUAGCCAGUUUAGCUCAGAUUUUUUCAUUCUGUUUUUACUUUGUUAUAUGAUAAAAGGCAUUUCUGCUGUUUUAAUAGUUAAAAUCUAUGUCAAGAUUCCUCAUUAACCUAAAUCUAGUAAACUCUCUUGUUGUAGCCAACUUUACAUAUUCUAAGAUUAUUAUCUAAGGAACAUUCAUCCCAUGUUUCUUUAAGAUUGGUCAAAUGGUUUUGAUUUCUAUAAAAGAUAUACAUGAAUAUGCCUUAUAUUCUACUUUCUAUAUUAGAAGUAUUAAAUCAGAUUGUAUACAUACUAUGCUAAUAAAUAUAUAAUUUUUGGAUUACUAGCCUUGUGUAAAUGUUCUUUUAAAUGUGUCAUGCAGUUAUAUCUAAAUACUCAAGUUGCAGCUGGGGCUGUGAAGCCACAUGAAAUACUGCACUCCUUAUUAAUCUUCUGACUCAAAGACAUUCUUAUAUAAAUGUAAUCUAUUUGAUUAGAACUUUGAAAAAUAAAACAUAUGAUGAAUUA